GUUUAUUGCUUUGCUCCUUUUGUUUGUACAUUUUUCCAAUUGAUCGAAAGAGAAGCCGGUGGAAUGCUUGUGCUACUGAGGAUAAUUUUCUUUUGCACAUUGAUUUUCUCCAACAAUGCCUCCGAAGUUGAUGGCAAUGGUUAUUUGGCUUAUUGUCCAUGCAUGGGUCGAUUUGGUAACCAAGCUGAUCAUUUCUUAGGAGCAUUAGCAUUUUCAAAAGCCAUUAAUCGUACACUAAUUUUGCCACCAUGGGUUGAAUAUAGGAAGGGUGAAAUCCGGUCAACACAAGUUCCUUUCGACACAUAUUUUCAAGUGGAGCCCUUACAAGAGUAUCACCGAGUUAUAUUGAUGGCUGAUUUUAUGUUGCAAAUAGCUCCCAAAAUUUGGCCCGAAGAGAAACGUAUUUCCUUUUGCUAUAUGGAGAGAAAAACAUUAAGUCCCAACAAAGCGUCGAAACCGGACUGUCAUGCAAAAGAUGGAAAUCCCUUUGGGCCAUUUUGGGAUACGUACAAUAUAUCCUUUGUGAAUUCUGUGUUUUAUAGUCCGCUCAAUUUUGAUAUACACCACAGAGGAAUGGCAUCAAAAUGGCAAGAGAAAUAUCCGGCUACAGAAUGGCCAGUUAUACCCUUUACUGGUGCGCCUGCUAGCUUUCCGGUACAAGCAGAGAAUCGAAAUUUACAACGCUAUCUGCGUUGGUCAAAUAUUUAUGAAGAAAUGAAGCGUAAUUUUAUAAAAAAUAAAUUACCUCGUGGCGCUUUUAUUGGUAUUCAUCUGCGCAAUGGUAUUGACUGGGUACGAGCGUGUGAACAUGUACGCGAUAGUCAGCAAUUAUUCGCUUCACCACAAUGCCUCGGCUAUAAUAAUGAGCGCGGUUCAUUAUAUUUCGAUUUGUGCUUACCUUCCAAAGAACUGAUUAUCAGACAAAUCAAACGUUUGAUUAAAAGCGUAAAACAAAGUAACCCCACCAAUGAGAUACGUUCUAUAUUUGUGGCAGCAGAUGCAAAUCAUAUGAUUACCGAAUUAAAUACAGCAUUAUCGAGAAUGAAUGUUACCGCCCAUAAAUUAAAUAAUGAUGACCCACACCUUGAUUUAGCCAUAUUAGGUAUGUCAAAUCAUUUUAUCGGAAAUUGUGUGUCGUCAUUCAGUGCAUUUGCUAAAAGAGAACGAGAUGUUAAAGGUUUACCUUCGUAUUUUUGGGCGUACCCAAAGGAAAAGGAACGCCAACAUGCAAGAACACACGAAGAACUCUAAGGCAUAUGGAAAAAAUACUUAUAUCGCAUAUUGCUCGCAUUUGAACUUAAUACAAUUCUCAUAUAUAACCUAUAAGGUGUUUUUAUUUUUAACAUAUUAAACUAAAAUAUUAAGUAAGCGCUAAAUAAACUCAAUGGUAUUACAUACAAAA